ACACAACCAAAAAUACAAAAUACUGAAGUACUGGGCCCUCUAUUACAGUAUUUCGAGAAUACGAGUAAACUGCUGGUGGUGAUAGCACUAUUAGAAACAUUAUGUCAUGCACGAAAUAUMGAGUAAUCGAGUAAUGGCUAACGAAAAACUAUGGACGGCGAGUGAUGGAAUGUUAUUGUCAGUCAGMACACCAUUUYAAGUCAAACAUGGAAUGAAGUAGUAGAAAUAGUACUAGCUGUUGACAAAACAUCAGUCGCUAGRUGUYAAAAGCACGAUGCAUGCAUGCAUSCAUGUAAGUAGCGAUAGUCCGAUUAGCUCUUCGCUCAAACACGGUCGGAAAAUAUCCGAUUGGAUGACAUGACGUUUCUUUUUCCAUCGUCGAAUAUGUUCGGAUUGAAGGGAAACAAUGUUUGCGACUCUUGUUCUAAAUGCGAGUGCGACUCGUGACCUUGUUUCAMGGCGAUAGACCCUCGCCACUUCGAACCUCGGUGUCCAACAGAUCGAGAAUCUUUGCGCCCAGGCUCUCGACCUCUUCGUCUUCCAGGUGCUUGUGGUCGCCGGUCUUGAGGUGCUUGACGAGGCCGUUCAUUGUAGCAAUCCUGUUGACCAUGAUCUCCGUCUCGGCGGCGAAUCGGUUAAGAAUCGCCUCGCGCUCUUCAAUAUCGCACUCGUCGUAGUACGAACACAGAUCAGCGGCGUUCUCUAGACACAUAAUGUCGAUGUCGCUCAUCACCUCCUUUCCCGUGGUCGAGAAGAGGGCGCCGUCGUGAGGACGGGCCAAGAGGGAUCCGGUAAAGGAAUGCACCAUUGUCGUGGAUAGAAAUACGAGAAGCAGUCUGAUAGGAUUCAUGUCGUUUUAGUCUCUGGAGAAUARGUUUGGUACGGUAAUAAAGGUAUUGCGGUUUUGGGAGGUUUAAAACUAUGCUUUCUUCAAAAAGAAACGAAAUUAUCAGGUCAGACCAAUACGGUACGUAGUCAUUUAUGGUUGAUUUAUGAUUUACAGUAUCGUGCAAUCCGGAAAUGAAUCACAACGCAGCUGUGAAUCCUUUUUUUUAUUUGAAAGCCUUCUCGUUCAGACAUCGAUCAAACCCACAUGGUUUGUUCCACCCUUUAAGGCAUCAGGUGAUUGAACGGUCGGUGUCGUUCUGGUUGUACUUCUGAUCUGAUAGAAUUUUUUGAUUUGUUGAAAAACGUCAACUCGGGGUCUCCGCGACCAAUCAUUUGUUCUGAUUGUUCUUUCCCAUCAAUCAAACCACCAAUCGUUUGAAACAAGAUUUUGAGAAGCGAGACAAAAAUUCUUAAGAGGCCAAAAGUGAAGUCAAGAAGAGAAAAAAAAAGGGAAAUUAUCUCURCGUACUGUACAGUACUGGUAACUCGUACGAUGCUUGAACGCAAGAUACUUUGUCGGAGGAUUCUAGUGGUACGAGUUUACGUGUCUGUGAUCGUGAAACAGCUUUUUUGUGCUACAUUUUCUACACAGCCCUACGCAAAGAACAACUAGCCUACCUGUCAAAAAAACUAUUUCAGUUGAAGGAUUUUCUAUUUCGGAGUGUUUCCGAGCUCACUUUAUGAUGUUGAGAACUCAGAUGGGCGAAAAGAAAUCGAUACCCGGACACUACUACUAACAUGGAAUAAAAUCAAACUCGAAAUCGUUUCCAAGAACAGAUAGCAUCUCUUACUAACAUAAAUUGCUUACUACUGGAGCGCUCUCUAAGGCGACUGGAAACUGCUCUUACCACACUUCAGCAACUUCGCCACCAACUACUGGAUCACCAACUACUGGAUCACCAACCACCAGUCCCUUUACUCCCUGCAGCACUUCCACAGGCAUAUUGUAUGCAGCUCUCUCUUCUUCAGUCAUGCUUACAAUGUAGUUCAGGGAUUCUUUUUGAAGCCUUGCUCUCUCCUUUCCUAAUUCAGUGUCCCUGAUUGGUGUUAUCUCCUCUUCCCUCAGCUUCUUCACAAGUUGAGCUUCAUCAGACUCCCUCCAAGUAGGCUGUGGAGGAGGGACAUUCCUCACCUUCAUCUGUUCCUGCACUUUCACCAACACCAGCAACACUAACAUCAGUACCAAAAAACUCACAAGGUGGCGCUUUCAUUCUAAAUUGGCAUCUUUGGACUCUUCUUUGAAGUGUUGUGUUAGUGACUUCAUCCGUUGAAAAUUUAGCAAUGAUCAUUGCCUCUUUUACAGAACACUUUUACAGAACAAGGAAUCCCCUGUUCCUUUGAGGUAAAGAGGCGCCACUUUGAAGUAAAAAUAGUCCUUGGACAGGGAGGAAGUGCACAUCUAUUUUGACUAGAUCCAAUGGCUGGUGUUGCUGCAGCUGGGAGUGUUAUUGAUGCUUUUGUUGUUGCUUUUGUUGCUGCUUCUGUUCUCUUCAUCUUGCAAAUUGUUAGAACAAUCUCGUAAACCACUUGGUGGAUCAAUACAAAACUUGCAGAUCCCUACAAAUUCAAUGUGGUGAAGACACCCUCAACACGGUAGGUCUAUUGAAUGUGUUGUUAUGGUUCUUUUGCUACUUGCACUGCUACUGGUCCUUUUGUUGUUGGUGUUUUGCUGUAAUAGCUUUUGUUAGAAUAAUCUCAUAAACCAACCAAUAGAUCAAUCUGCAAUUUCCAGAUCCCCUUUCCCUUAUUAUAAUGAAUGGAAUGCAGUACAUGUAUUGUUUUGAAGAGGGAGCAAUAUGCUUUGUUUUGCUGGUUAUACUGCAGCUUCUUUUGCUUGUUGUUGUGAUUUUCUGAUGUUAUUGAUGCUGGUUGAAUACCACAGCUAAAAUCUUCUAAAGCAUUCAGUCAAUUGAUCCACAACUUCUGGAUCCCCUUCCUAAUAAUAAUGAAUACAGCACUUUGAAUGCAGAUUGUUUGGGUCAUGGAGGUUAAGGGUCUUUCCAAAGKGUGUAACAGGUUGGAUGAAUGAGGUUUAUUAAAUGAGUUUUUUGCAUUUUUUGUGCGCAGAGUAAUCAAUUACCCGGAAAAGGAUCUCAUCAAAAUUCACAUAGCAAUAUGCACAUGUUUGUGAAGAGGAAAGAAAACGCUUUCUGACUAACCAAUUCUCUGGCUUUGAUUGGUCUUUUGCUAGCAUCAGCAAGAACCAAGCAAAGCUUGCUGCUCAUUACUAAAAACGGCUCGCAAAAUUAUGACUCAUAACCAGCAGUAAAAAAUCAACGCAAUCACAGACACCUAAACUUGUACCAUCAAAGGGGGUUGAUCUGAUGUUUCUAUUGCAACAAGUCAUACAGUGCUAGUAGUAGUAGCCCAUAGAAUAGUGCUUUAUCUUUAUCAUUGCUAGUGCUAGUAGUGCUAGUACUAGUACUAGUAGUGGUACUACUACUAGUAAAACAAAGAAUAGUAGAGUGUGGCAACCUGGAAAGCAUGUGCGUGAAGAUGUGUCACCAGUACCACCAGACGUGUUAGACCGAUACKGUGAAGUGAUGAUUAACAUCAAUAUCAUGACAGUAAAUGGUGUUCAGUUCUUCCAUUCCAUAUCCAGACAUCUAAGAUUCAGGACCGGAGAGCAAUUACAAAUGUGAGAUAAAGCAUAUUGUUAGAAUAUGUUGAGAACCUACUUGGACAGUACAAGGCACGAGGCUUCACAGUGACACAAAUAAGCAGCAAUAACCAGUUCAGGUGUUUCCAAGAUGACCUGAUGAAGUUAUCCCUGCCUGAGGUGUUACACUGCAUUCUUGCAGCUGGCCAACACAAACCAACAAUUGAGUGUAGUAAUCAGACACUGAAGGAGAAUGUAAGGUGCUAUGUAAACCAUCUGCCUUUUAAAAGACUGCCAAAACGGUGCAUCAUAUAGUUGAUGUAUAUAGUUACAUACUGGUUGAACUGUCAGACAACAGGUGUACACAGGACCAAAUCAAUGUGGGAAAUAAUGACAGGAGUGUGGUGCUUGGAUGCCAGACAGGACUGCAAGUUUCAAUUCAUAGAACCCAUCCUUGCCCAUGUGGAUGAUACAGACAAUACCAUGAAGGCAUGCAUGGUGGAUGCACUGUACCUCCAACCAACUGGAUCAAUUACAGGGGGUUUCUAUGCCUGUGAUUUAAACAGUGGAAAGCGUAUACACCAGAGAUCAGCUACAGCAACACUGCUCACCAAGACGCUGCUGGGAAGGGUCACACAGAGCAGAGUUUAUUUUGGAAAUGCUGAAGGCAAUACAACAAUCUUGGACCUGGAUGAUAGCCCUGAUGGUCUGAACACAGAUGAUGAUGAUGAAUCUGACGCAACAUACCAACCAGCCAGCAAUGACGUAUAUGUAGAAACAGGACUAAGUGAGUAUGUGGAUGAGGAGGACAUUGAGAGCAGGGAAGCUGAACAGCUGAAUGUUGACAUGACCAUGGAUGUGGACCCAAUUGCAGAUGAUAGGAUUGAGCAGGACACCACCAGAGGUGUAAACACAGGCAGAGAUGAUCAUCAUACCACAGAACCAAGAGAGACAGUAGAUGAAGCAAUGGAGGUUGAAGAGACAGCUGAAGAACAAGGGUCACAGAUUGCAGCAGGAACUAGUGUCACUGAGGAGAAACCAAUGAGCUCUAGGCUACCCAAACGUGUGACAUGAUCAUAUAAUGGAUGAUUCCCGAUAUUAUAGAUGUGCUAAACUCAUAUAUUUAGCACUUUUAUUACAUCUAUAAUAAUGGGAAUCAAAAAUGCAACGGACAGACUGAGAGCAAGCCAGCCUUCGUUGCGGUCUUUUUUGGAAUCUGGAAUCUUAACUACUUUCCAAUGUAAAGACUAAAAAGACUCAAAAUGCUUGCCAUUUGGUGUUUGGUACAAAGUAAAACAUGAAAUUUUCAACUAGAGUAAGAAAUGAACUCAUUUUCUGCUUAUUUUUGAUAUCAGUAGAAAAUGAGUCCAUGUUUUACGCUGAUGAGUUGACAAACACACUAAAAGACAACAGUUUCAUCCCAGCAARAGACGACGCCACAAUAUGGGAGUAGUGGAGGUCAUUACAAUGUACUGGUACCUCCAGUUGAAUGCAGAGGAGCAGCACAGAAUUUACAAAAGUAAACUCUCUCCAGAAGAUAGAUGUCGAAGGGACAGGAGAACACCAAGGAUUGCAAUCAGGAGAUACGCUUGUUCUCCUUUCCUCCACAUGUUCCACUCAGGAGUUGAUCAAGCUCUCCUCAAUUGCUGUGGAAUGGACCACAAGGUCUUUGGGGAGCUUGUUGACCUGUUUGCUCCARUGUGGAACAAGUACACAGUGAACAAGAACAAUGAGAUCAUGGAGGUUCCUUGUUACCCCAGUGGCAAGCCAAAGGGAAAGGAGAGAGAGGUUGAUGCAGUCUGUGCAAUAGGACUGGUCCUUUACUGGUACAGAACAAGGGGAUCUGUAGCAAGGUUGAUGGCAAUGGCGUUUGGCUUAACAUCCACAGUGAUGUACAAGUGGCUCAAGUUUUUUUGGAGAGUGAUGCUUGUUGCCCUUCACAAACACCCACUUGCCAUGGUCAGUGUUCCAACUGAGGAUGAAGUGGAGUCUUAUGUUCAGGCAAUUGGAGACAAGUAUCAAAGGCUUGGUGAAMAAGGCGUCUGGGGUGCUGCUGAUGGUCUCAAGAGCGUCCUUGAGCAGUCAGAGGACUGGUACAAACAAAAAGCAUACUACAAUGCUUGGAAGGAAAACACCUUUCUUACUAGGGUGUUUUACUUUGCCCCUGAUGGAAGAAUCAGGAUUGCAGUGUACAACUGCCCUGGGGUGUGGCAUGACAGUGCCAUUGCUGAAUACAGUGUAUAUGAAAGGAUCAUGGAGAUCAACAAAACAUGUAGGGGCGCCAAGGUUGUUGUUGACUCAGCCUUUGCACUGAAGAAAUACCAGGAUAGCCUAAUCAAGAGCUCACAGAGGGAACCUAGCAACAGUCACCUCCUCUUGUUGAACAGGGAUGCCAAGUCCCUGAGACAGAUGUCUGAAUGGGGAAUGAGGAUGAUCCAGGGACAGUUCCCACGGAUCAAAGACAAAAUGUUCCUUGAAGAGCUUGGAGACAGGAGGAUCAUCAUGUUCCUGGAAGAUCUGGGAGACCGUAUGAUCAUCAUGAACCUCCUCAUCAACUUAUACUAUAGCUUCCAGUGCAGCACUAUAGGACACAACCAGAUCCUAUCUACCUUCAUGAAGUCACCUCUGGCUUCCAUUGACGUCCCGUAUGAGAAGGAGGAUCUUGUUGCAGGGUACUUUGAAGUAGGUAGGCAAAUAUCCCCUGAUGAAGAUGGAGUGUUUUAGUAAUAAGGAUGAAUCCCAUGGUCAACUGGAGACAGUGGUUACUACAAAAGAAGAGAGAUUUGUAAUGAAAAGAACAAUGUUGA